AUGAGAUUUUCAAUCGUAGCGUUGUGCCUGCUGGCACUAUCCCAGCAUGCCGCGGCAGAACCACGUCCGGAUUUUGCUCUCGCUGUAAGCGUCCCUGGAACGAGCCGUGUUGGAGUAGCCGCCAACGCAGCCAAAACCGUUAUCGCCGAGGUAAAAACGGCCGCUACAGCUGUUACUAUUAGUUCCGAGCUGACACUGUUGCCCAAAGUGCUAACGAUCGUGACCAAUAUUGCGAACGAGUUCCAAACCCUAGGAACAAGGAUCGUCACCAGCAUCACUACCCUGGCGAGUGAUACCAGUGGCAAUGUGGAUACCGUGUUCGCUGCAGCAGUUGAAGCGGUGGCCAACACUAUACAGUUUGCGGACGUAACACUUGCCACUCUGACUGGCCCGCUCCAACCACUGAUUGGUACACCGCUGAUAGAGAAGUUCGACGACAGUUUGAAGCACAUCAGCAAAGCACUGCAGGUGCUGAAGACGGUGCUGAACGAGCUGAAAACCGGUGCCCUGAAUGCUGUUGCAGCGGCUGGCAGUAAUGCCAUCACGUCAGCAAUCGUUAACAAGAACCUGCCACGUCCAACGGUAACGCGGCUAAUUAAUGGGCUCCAACUGCUUCGAGCGACCGUACCAGUGUUGAAGUACACCGUCGACAGUACGGCUGAAGGUAUCGUGAUCGCCGACCAGUACAUGCUGAAGCUGUCCGCUAAGGUUGACAGUACGAUUGGCGAAAAAUCGAGCAUUGCCGCUGAUCUCGAUGGUAUCAUUACAUCGAUCGAUAAGACGAUCACCGACACCAUGACGUUGGUCGGUACCGAUCUCGGCAAUCUGCAGACGACUUUGGGCAGCUUGACGAACCUCGCCACCGCUGCCAGCUCGACCAAACUAGCUACCGCACUCGGCCUUUUUGCCUCCAACCUGGCAGCACUCGCAGCUAAAAAUCCGACCAUUUCAGCGACACUAAACUUACUGAAGGAAGCGCUCGGCGAUGCGUAUGACGUUGCAGCACCGCUGUACUUCAUCUAUGACAGCUACCUGGUGACCGAGCUUAUAACAGUACUGAUCGCGAACGGUAACUACUCGCAGUACUGCUUCUACAAAUACAAGGACUUUUUGUUCGCCCUGCUCGAAACGGUCGCAAUCGAGGCACGAGAGUGUGUCGACAAGGAAGUGGAACGAUUGGAGUACUUCCGCUCAACCGUCGACAAGCUGCUGUCCCUGCUGUUUUUCGACUUUGAAGACAUCGCAGGUGAUUUGACCGUGUGCAACGGAAUCAGUGAUGCGACCAACUUGGAAGAAUGUGUUGCUUCGCUGGCGGAAAUCUAUACCAAGCUCGAGGAGUCAUUUGGCGAUAUGUUUUUGUACGGGUACGACAUCGUUAGCCGUGAGGUGAAAGCCGCAGGUAAUCGGCUGAAGAUAUGCAUGCGUAUGUCACAGUCUUCGCUUGGAAACACCGAAAUUCCUUUCCUGAACAAGCAGAUUGUGGACUGUGACCUGUUGGGACCAGCAGCACAAUAG